UCUGGGUAAUGGAACAUGUUUUAUUUGGUCAGAAGAAGUUGGCUAAAAGAAAAAGUUGUUUACCUAGAAUUCUUCAUUGGAUUCAUGUUAAGGUUGGUGAAGCAGAAGUUGAAAAAGCCUUUUUCUGUAAUGAAAUCAUUACUGAGGUAUAUGUAACCAAGGAAGAGAUGGCUACUGAAAUUGUUAAAGAAGCCUUAGAUGGUCAUCAUAAUGCUAGAGUGAAGCAGAACUACAAAAGGAAAUCUUUGGCUGAUAUUGUUGUUGAAAAUGAAGCUUUGCGUGCUAUCAUUGGUGACCAAGAGGCAUCCAUUGUCGAGCUUGAGAAAUUAGUAGAGAAGCUACAAAUGUUUGCUGCAUAAAAGAAGCAACGGUCUGCUGAUGUUGGGAACUGUUAUUCAAAUAAAGAUUAUGACAUGGUAGUUGAUGCUUUUGGGACCACUAAUUCAGAGGAAGAUUAUGAGGUAUUACUUUCAUCUGUUGGGAAGUCAAAUUCUAAGAAAGAAUUACAAAUGCAAGGUGAUGAUGUUGAGAAGUCGAAUUUUGAGAAGGUUUUUGACAUUACACCUGAUGGUGUUGUUAAAAGUGUCCAUGAAGAGAGUGGUGAUGUUUUAGGUAAUGAAGAGAUGGAUAUUGAAAAAUCUAACAUGUACACGCGUUUAAAAGCUCAACCUAGGAAGCGUGUGAAAAGUCUAGCUUUGAAAACCCCUUGGACAAGGUUAGAUAAGAAAAAUGCCAGGCGCUAAUCAAAUAAAGGGUAAGGAUUCAUUCUUUAAAUAAUUUGAACUACUUAGUGGUUAUGUCAUUCCUGCAAUGGUAUCGCUUGUCAGCCUUGUAGGUCAGUUCUACAUUCUAUUGUUGAUACGUGUUGUUUUAUGUCCUUCUUCUUUGGGUAGGUGCGUUUCAUGGGUAAGCACUCACAUCUAUCCAUGGUUUCAGAUGAAGUCAGUAGUACAUCCUUACUUUUACUCUUUAAAUUUUUGUUCAAUAGUACAAGAACAUAUGUUUAAGAAAGGGAUUGCAUUUGUUUGUCUUUCUAAUUAUUUUCUUUUACUUGGUUAGGCGGAUGGGUUUUGAAAUAGAUUAUAUGAGUGACUUUGGAGAAUUAGUAUAAAAGAUACUGUUG